AUGAAACAUGUUGACAAAACGGGCAGUUGGGAUCAACGGUCGAGGACGACGUGGUGGUCGGCGACAGGACUGUAUUUUGGGUACGGCGUGGAAGAUGAGGUGGCGGAUUCGGCAGGGCCGUGGCGACCGGGAGGACUCAGUGAGAUUCAAAAUCAGAAGCCUGGUCUUUUCGGCCGCUGGAUACUGGUGUUAUCGCCGUGCAGCGGCGAUAUUUUUGAUUUGGCACAUUAG